AGCUAUUUUUAGGAGAACUGGAACACGAACUCUUUUUUGAGAAGGUCAAAAUAAAAUCACUGUUUUCUUUUUUUCAGAAGGAAAAUACAAUCUACAGGCUUCCCAACAAAAUAAAUGUAGAAAAAUGAUCUUUAUUUUUCUUUUUCCUUUUCUUUUUUCUUGAAUUUUCUUUUGGUGUUCCUCAAGAAAUCUUACAGUGUAUUUUAAAGAGUAAUCAAAGAAUAAGUUGCGAGUCUUGGCACUAAUUUGUACGUUGCUGCGGACAUUGCUGCAAUCAUUCUGUUAUUUCAUCUCCACCAACGCGCUGAAAUCUAGCAAUGGCCUCGUCGAAAAAGGUUAUAACUAGGCAAGAAUGGGAAAAGAGGCUCAACAGCGUUAAGAUCAGGAAAGAGGAUAUGAAUAAAUUGGUGAUGAAUUUUCUGGUUACUGAGGGUUAUGUUGAGGCUGCAGAAAGAUUCCAACUAGAGUCCGGGACAGAACCAGAUAUAGAUCUUGCAACUAUCACUGAUCGUAUGGCAGUAAAGAAGGCAGUACAGAGUGGUAAUGUGGAGGACGCGAUUGAAAAAGUUAAUGAUUUGAACCCUGAGAUAUUGGACACAAACCCCCAACUCUUUUUCCAUCUCCAACAACAAAGGUUGAUAGAACUAAUCCGCAAUGGGAAGAUCGAAGAGGCUUUGGAGUUUGCUCAAGAAGAACUUGCUCCAAGAGGGGAAGAAAAUCAAUGUUUCUUAGAAGAGUUGGAGAGGACUGUUGCACUGCUUGCAUUUGAAGAUGUCAGCAAUUGCCCCGUCGGUGAGUUGCUAGAUAUAUCACAGCGCCUCAAGACUGCCAGUGAGGUUAAUGCAGCCAUCCUCACUAGCCAAAGCCAUGAAAAAGAUCCAAAGCUUCCGAGCUUAUUGAAAAUGCUGAUGGGGGCUCAGAAUCAGCUGGAUGAAAAGGCUUCUUAUCCUCGAAUUAAUGAUUUAUCUACUGCAACACUCGAGGAUCCUUCUCUUUGACUUGUCAUUCUGCUAGAUUUAGUGCCCUUGCUUCUACUUGUGUAAUAUACUAUUCUCUCUCAAACUAGUUGUAUCUGUGAAAUCAAAUUUUAUUUACUUUAUUAUGAAAAAAAAUAGAUAAAAGAAAUCAUGUUCUCUGUG